GCUGUUAUUUUUGCGCGAGAGUGGGAGAGAUAAGGAGAGACGGUUAUUCUCUGCAAAGUAAAGCUCGUAGUUGGUCUGUAGUGUGAACUCGAACUGUGAUGGUUCUGUCUUCUGAAGAAUAACUUAGAUGGACGUCAGGUAAUAGGAAGUCUGCAUAAUGGUUGAAGACCUGCAAGCCACUGUAGAGAUUGCCGUAGACGUUGGCAAAUUUUAUAACAUCGACAUUUUCCAAAGAGGGUUUUACCACUUGACAUUGGACCUUAUUGAACCAGGAUUAAACAACUCAAAAUUAGAAGUCCAUCUUUUAAAAAACAAGGCAAAGAGUGGAACCUCACCGAGACUCCGUUUAAAUGGAGCUGUAUCGAAGACAGUGCGUGUGCUCUACAAGAAAGAGGAAAUAAACCUGUGUCAUACCUUUCUGUUCAGACUCCAUAAACUCAUUGACAGCCAAAAUAUUGAAGAAUGUCUCAAGUCGAUAAAAUAUCGACUGAAGCUUGGCUUGUGGUUUUGUUCAUCAGAUAACCUAUGUGACAAUUUUGAAGAUAAUUUUGAAGAAGUUAGUAAGCGUCAUGUUGACCUUCACGUUGAUCAUGUACAUGGCCUUCAUGCUUAUACAAUGGUUAUAUUUGAUUACUGCUUUAUGGCUGGUGUUGAGUUAUCUGUCCACGCAUCUGUGGUUGCGUUGCACCAACCAUUGACAACAAUGUUAAGUACGGCCACAAAACCUGGUGCUUCUCCCACUCAACCAGUAACAUUGGAAACCAUUCUGUUUCGACCUUCCACUUCACAGACGCCAUCUUUAAAUCACGAAGAAGUCCACCGAAAUCUUAUUCAAACCAUCCUGUCUAUCUAUACUUGCCUUCAAGAAUACUUCAACCAUCUUCUUGAGACUGUGCCAAGAGAGGCAAAGAGCCAGAAUUUCAACAGCAUGAAGAAAAAAAUUGAAGGAACGCUCACUUCUCUCAAGAGCUUAACAUGCGCUGAUGAUGUUGUAAAUCAGGCUAACAUGAACCUUGCUUCAGCAUGUUCAUCGCUGCUUGCACUUUGGUCUCACGUGUUGGAUGUUGUAUGUCUCAACCGCCAUGUCUUGAAGCACUUGUCCAUCACCCACCACGAAAACAGACUGGAGAGAUUCAAGUCUCUGUUUUUCUUGCUUAAAAACCCCAAACUGUCCAACUGCAAUGAAGAAAGAACAUCCAUGUACACCAGGAUAGCUGGUAAUAUCCGUGCUUCCCCCUACUACAACAACAUACCCCCACUAUCAGUUGAAAGUCCUGAUAAUGACGGUUCAGUUGAAACUUUCCCAAUCAUCUUUGAAGAAACUUUUUACGGCGAAAUUGAACCAGCUGUUGAAGCAUCAGUACCACUACCUCAAAAACCCAACUUGGUAAAUGGGAAAGAAGCCGCUCUUACUACACUUGACUAUGAGCAGAUGUUUUCUAAAUCCGGCUUUACGGAUUUGCAGGAAGAACCUAGUGAGCUACCAAGUUUUAAGAGCAACGGAGCAUUGGAAGGGAAUAAAAUCUCCCUCGUCAAAUCAAACUCCUGUUCAUCAGGUCUCACGAAAUUUCUCGGACCUGGUUACGUGGAUGCAGCCGAUACAUUGAGACGUACUGCCACCCAUGGAGAUGUUGUCAAUGCAUUUGGUGUCAGUGACCUCACCCAUCUGAAUUCCACCACUGCCACUUCAACUUUGUUAAGUCCUGUAGAUGAACCAGAGGAUAUACAAGUAGGUCAUGCUGCCCAACCCAGAACCUUUCAUCCAAGUGACCAUACAAUGGUCAUAACAAACUCUACGCUCGAAAUCACAGAAACCGAAUCUUUAGAAGAGUUUUUACAGGCAGUUAAUGGAAAUGAAGUUAUUGAAAAGAAUCCAAAGAAAUUGCCAACUCCUGAUUUAUGGAAGAAAGAAACCAAAUACAUGACACCACUGGAACAAAAUUGUAGAGAAAAGUAUCUCUUAGAGAGAAGCAAGCUCCUAAAACUUUUAAGUUUUGAUGGUGAACUUUAUUGUACUCUCCCAUCCCCACUUACUUUAUCCCCAUAUCUUGUCCUGAAUAAUCGAUAUACACCGUACAGGAAGGAAAGAACUCACUUGAUUGUUAUGGUUCAUGGACUUGAUGGCACCAGCAAUGACUUGCGUCUUGUAAGAACUUACCUUCAACUUGGAUUCAGUUCAACUUGUAAGGAAAAUGGACAAAGUGAAGGCACUUGCGACUUUUUAAUGUCAGAGGCAAACGAAGAUGACACGUACGCCGACAUCAACUUAAUGACUGAGAAGCUUGUGGAUGAAAUACUUCAACAUAUUCGCUCUCAUUAUUAUACCAAGGCCGACCCCAAGCUUAUCAGUUUUGUUGGUCACUCUCUCGGUGGAGUCCUCAUCAGGUCAGCAAUCUCCCACAAACGAUUACAUCAUCUUCGUGAUCGAUUCCAAACUUUCCUCACUUUCUCCACACCUCAUUGUGGGACUGUGUUUAACAACAGCACAUUAGUUAAUACAGGUUUAUGGCUUAUUCAAAAAUGGAAAAAAUCUGAAUGUCUUUUGCAACUUGGUAUCAAGGAUAAACUUAACCUCAAAGAUUCUUUCAUGUACCAACUAAGUAAAAAGCCAGGGUUGGAGUAUUUCAAGAAUGUGUUGUUAGUUGCUUCUGCCAAUGAUCGAUAUGUGCCAAGUCAUUCAGCGAGGAUUGAGCAUUGUACAUCAGCAUUUAAAGACAAGAAUCAAGGUUAUUGUUAUAAAGGUGCCAUUUACCAGGAAAUGGUGGAAAAUUUGUUAAAGCCUUUAUGUGAGGCUAAAGUUUCUUUAAGAAGGUACCAUGUUGUCCACCAUUUGGCUCGGGCAACAGCUAACACCGUCAUUGGUAGAGCGGCACAUAUUGCAGUUCUUGAUUCUGACGUCUUUCUUCAACAAUUCAUCCUUGUGUCAGCGCUAAAGUACUUUUUAUUACCAUGAUCCAACUGCGGAAUUGGUUUAUUUAAUUUUAAGUCUUCCAAAAGUCAAUUUUUGCUUUCAGAACUCCGCUUUUAUAUUCAAUAGUAUUUGAGUUCACUGCUCUGGUUUUAUUUGUUUUAAGAUUUUAAAAGCACAUUUUAACGUUUUUUAGGUGUUGCGUAUUUUUUUAUGGUAGGUGUGAACAGUCGUAGAUGCAACGUUUUAACUAAUUACGAGUGCAAUUUUAAUAUGCAAACUACAUUUUGAUAAAAAAUAUAGUUUUGUAUCAUGUUUUUACAACCUUCUCGUGUUUAAAACCUUGUAUAGUAAUUCAUUAAAGCUUCAAAUUACUAGCUUAUCCCACUGCUAUAGUGCUGUUUUAUAUAAGAAACCAAAUAGUGAGGAUUAGUUUGAAUAAAAGCGCCAA